UGUUUGGGCGGGCGUCCUGUCAUUUUCGUCCCACCUCCACUCGUAAAGUUUGUGGCACACGCGGUGCAAGCAUCGUUAGAUGAAAGUGCGGAGGGAAUUUGAUUGACAAUCUGAGGCGGAGGGGGGAGAAACGGAGUUGGUGUAAGGGCCGAAGAAAGGAAGAGUUGACGAGACAGAUCUUUUCCCUCCAAUAUAUUACCGAAGAGGGAAAUGCGCUAAGCGUUGUCAAGAAUGCAUCGUUUAAAAUUCCUGCCUUGCUUCACAGCCGGUGCCUGUCACUUCAGAGUCGAAAAUGUUUUGGGGAAACCCAACGGCUUUGUCAAUCGGUGGUGGAAAUGGCAACAUUCCCCCAGGGGGCGAGCGACGAGCGGCGCUGACAGAAAUCCCCUCCUGACAGCUUCCAAAUCCCCGCUGAAAAAGAAUGAGAAUGGAGACCCUCCGAAAGAACCGAGGAAGCACAAACCGGGCCUGAUGCCAGGACUGGAGGACAUGCUUUUCUACACAAUCACCGAGGGACAUGAGCAGAUUCCGAUCCCCAAGUUUAUCAGUGCACUGAAAUCAACAGGACUGCUGACAUCUGACCCCCGGCUAAAAUACUGCAUGGAUCUUCUGCAUCAAACAGUACAGAGUUCCUCAAGUGGAAUCACUCUGGACAGACAUCUCUUCAGAAAGGUCUUUGGGAGUAACAUCGUACUGCUGACCCAGGCCUUCAGGAAAAAAUUUGUCAUUCCUGACUUUGAAGUAUUUUCCUCACACAUAAACCGGCUUUAUGAGAAUGCGAGAAAGAAGACCUCUGGUAAGGUUGCAGACUACAUCCCACAGCUGGCCAAGUUCAGCCCGGAUCUAUGGGGCGUGUCUCUCUGUACCGUAGAUGGACAGAGACACUCUGUUGGAGACACCAAAAUCCCCUUCUGUUUACAAUCCUGCAUAAAGCCACUGGAGUAUGCCAUUGCAGUUAAUGAGUUCAACACUGAUUAUGUUCACCAGUAUGUGGGCAAAGAGCCCAGCGGACUACGGUUUAAUAAGGUCUUUUUGAAUGAAGAAGAUAAACCUCAUAAUCCCAUGGUAAAUGCAGGAGCAAUUGUUGUUACCUCACUUAUCAAGCCUGGAGCUAACAAAGCUGAGAAAUUUGACUGUGUCAUGAAUUUUCUGAACAAGAUGGCUGGUGAUGAAUAUGUGGGCUUCAGUAAUGCUACGUUUCAGUCAGAAAAAGAGACAGGAGACAGAAAUUUUGCCAUUGGAUACUACUUGAAAGAGAAGAAGUGCUUUCCAGAAGGUGUUGAUAUGAUCGCUACACUAGAUUUCUACUUCCAGGUAAUUAGAGCACCCUCUGUCGAUGUUGGCAUUGAAGAAACAGCUGGAGAGCUGUGUUCAAUUGAGGUGACAUGUGAGUCAGGUGGAGUAAUGGCCGCCACCUUGGCCAAUGGGGGAAUCUGCCCAAUCACAGGAAAGCGGGUCCUGAGUGCUGAGGCAGUGAGGAACACCCUCAGCCUGAUGCAUUCGUGUGGGAUGUAUGAUUUUUCAGGCGAAUUCGCUUUUCACGUUGGCCUUCCAGCAAAAUCUGGUGUUUCUGGUGGUGUUCUGUUGGUGGUGCCCAAUGUGAUGGGCAUCAUGUGUUGGUCUCCUUCCUUGGAUAAAGUUGGAAAUAGUGUGAGAGGUAUUGACUUCUGUCAGGAGCUGGUUUCUCUGUUCAACUUUCACAACUAUGACAAUCUGAGGCAUUUUGCCAAGAAACUAGAUCCACGGAGAAAUGGAAGUGAAGCCAAGGAGGAAUCAGUGGUGAAUUUGCUGUUUGCUGCAUACAGUGGUGACAUAGCUGCUUUGAGGAGAUUUGCACUCUCUGCUGUAGAUAUGGAACAGAAAGACUAUGAUUCACGUACACCACUACACAUAGCUGCAGCUGAAGGUCACGUGGAAGUGGUCAGUUUUCUUCUCGAUGGCUGUCGUGUAAACCCCUUCUGCAAGGACAGAUGGGGCAAUACUCCCCUUGAUGAUGCAAUUCACUUCAACCAUCACCACGUUGCAAAGCUGCUAAGGAACUACCAGAUGUCUUACUCUCCGCCAGAGACAGCAGGCAGUAACUGUGAGGAUGAAAGACCACCGACCUCUUUUGUCACCAAAGUCUGAAUAUCAGUCUUAGUUCUCAUGUGUUGCCUGUGAUGUGGGUGUCUAGUUAAUGCAAACAGCUGUAUCUUGUCCUGCCAUAGUUCUACUGGAAAUUGUGCUGGGUUGUGAAACUACAAUGUCAAAAAUCUAUUCACACCAAUAAAAUCACUAAUAUCUUGGUCAGGUAGCUAACUACCAGAGAUCACCACUGUGAUGAAUUCAAGCCAAGCACUCACCAGGAUUUUGCUCCUCAUCCUUUUAAAGAAGGAUACACUUACAUUAGAGGUAGUAGAGAGAAGGUUCAUUAGAUUGGUCCUUGCAAUGAGAGUGUUGCCCUAUGAUUCAAUUGAAAGAAAGAAGGUCCUCAGAGUUGACAUGGACAGUUUCCACUGGUCAGGAGAUGAGAGACGUGGUGGGGUCAUGGUCUCAGGGUAAGGUACCAGCCAAUCUAGGGGUUAAGAGGAGUAGAAAUUACAUUAAAAAGGAUGAGAUUCUCUUGAAUUCUCUGCCCUAUUGGAUUUCAGAUGCUUCCUAAUAGAGUAUAUCCAAGGUAGGGAUAGACAGAUUUUUGGGGUCUGUGAAUUAAGGUAUAUGGGGAGCAGGUGGGUGAGUAACAUUGAAAUCAAAUCUUGGCAUAAUCAUAUAAAUAGUGGAAGAGGCCCAAAAGGGCCACAUGGUCUACUCCUGCUCCUAUUUUUGUGUUUAAAUCAAUUGCUGACAAAUCCACAUGACUAAGUUUUACAAUGGGCCAAAAUUCCACACUUUAAAAAGUGGGGAAAAAAAAGUAAAAUUAUGGAGACAAAAAAUCUCAUUCAUGAAACAAAAAAAGAUAGAUGAUGGAGACAAGAUUUUUAAAAAAUACCACUUCCCUGGUGAUGACUUUCACUUUUCUCCUGAUUUUAUGGGAAAUUACCAUGUAACUAUACAACAGUUACUAUCAUUAUGUACAACAACCUUGGAACUGCGUGUUCCCUCAAAACAUGACCAUCAAAGACUAUUUAGUGUUGAUGCCAACGUAAAGAAAAUGGGUUAUUUGCUCACUGUAUCAAGGACAGUUAAUAUUUAAAAUAGACAACUGAGGCUUUUGGUAGGAUGAUAAUUGUCAAUUCAGUAAUGUUGUACGUAUAUAUUAUGAAUUAUGACAACUGGCCCUCUGGCAGUUGAAGGAAUGUCUGCACGUUUGAGUCAAUGGGGUGUCACUGUAACUGAAACAAACUCUGAGCAUUAGUCAGAGUUCUAGAUUGCUAUUUACUUUGUUGUGAAGAAAUAAAAAUACGAUUACUGUAAAAAGAUAAUUGUGUUGUUCCAAACCAUUCAACUUGUAAUUAGUAAGGCAAAUAUUGGCAUUUAAUAAAUCACAAAAUAAGUGAUCAUCUCACUGUAUGAGUUUUAGUUAGAGCUAAUUUUAAAAAAGACACAAGUGAACCAAACUUGGAGACAUUAAAAGAUGAGCCAUUGAAAACAGAACAAGUUCCUCAAUUUUUUUUAAUGGAGGACAGCAGGCCAGGGUUGAAUGUUGGAGGAGUGUAAAAAGUUCAAUGUUCUGGAGUUAGCUUUACCUGCCAUACCAGGACCAAGGCGUAUUUAUAUAGAACUUUCCUUUUGGUGAUCAAACAGGUGCAGAGAAAACAUGAAAGAUUAGAAUCUCGUCAGUAAUUAGACUGAAACCUAACUCAGGAAAUGAGCCCUUAAAACCAUGUUCCCGAACAAAGUACCUGACCAAUUGCUUAAUAAUGAGCAUUUCCAACUUCUUGCUACUUCAGACAACAUGUAGAUAGUAUCUCAAUAAUUAUUAGUGAGAUAAAGUUUUAUACUUCCAAGAGAAAAAAAAUUCCUCUCUUCCCAAGAUACAUUUCCAUCACUAGGACCAGCCUUUUCUGAGGGCAUAAUGACAUUUGUUACAAAUAGUGAGCCUCAGUCUGUACCAAACAGUUGAGCACUCUGCAAGAUUUCGUUAAUACAAGAGGCUAAAAUAAGAUACUGUAUGUCUACUUUCUGACUCCCAGGAGGAUAAUGUUAAUUGAAAUAAAA